UUGUUUUUGCCAUCAAGAAGUUAGAGAAAAUAAACCAUUUGUUGAGUUGUAAUCCCAUGUGUUUGGAAAAACAAAGAAUAAAAAAAGAAAGAAGGAAAAAGUCUUCUAUCUUUUGAGGUGAUUGCAGCAUAUAUAUAUGCAAGAUUAUAUAUAUGAAUGGGAAUAGUACUGUGACACAAAACAACAAUAGUCCAAAAAGAGACAGGUCUUGGGUAAAUGGAGAAGGGAAAAGGAGGGAGGCUACUUCUGUUUGCAACUCAAACACUUUGUGUCUUUUUUCUUUUCCAUUUGAUUUACAUUGCAUCAUUCAACUUCAAAGCUACCCCAUCUCAACAAAUAAAAAAUACAGGGAGGCAAAUUUUAUCAGAAUGGAAGGCUGAUCAUAUGAGCACUGCACUUAAGAAGGAUGAUCAACGCCAAUCUCUGCAAGAUCUUUUAGCAAGACUAGUAGAAGUAACAGGUGAAGAUCGAACAAAUCUUUAUUCAACAGGCUUUGCCUGCGACAACAGUUCAUGGUCGCUUGUUUGUGUCACCAACAAACCUGUUAAAAUAAACAUGAGCACAAUGCAAGUACACCUCCCGUCGUCACUAGCCGCCAAAAAUACGACUACAGUCAUCCGGCCAUACGCCAUGCAAGGAAACACAUACGUUAUGAAUGACAUUACUCCUGUAACCAUCUCAACCACCGAGCCAGCACCGCCUACUUGCGAUCACACCCACCAACACCCCGCCAUUAUCUUCUCCUCGGGCGGAUACACAGGCAACAUAUUCCACGAAUUCAACGAAAACCUAAUACCAUUAUUCAUAACAUCUCGCAUGUUCAAAUCGCGGGUCCACUUCAUAGUUGUGGACUACAAACCCUCAUUCAUUAAAAAAUAUAGGCGCGUGUUCAUGCGCCUGUCAGAUAAUGAAAUAAUUAAUCCAGCAGUGGACACCAGUGUCCACUGCUUUCCAGGAGCCAUAACCGGCUUAAAAUUCCACAAAUUCCUCGGCAUAAACACGCCAAAAAAUCCAAGUGAUCAUUAUUCAAUGCCAGAUUUCCGAACAUUCAUCAGACAAACAUACAGAUUAAAAACGCAAAGCGUUUUCGACACACCAAACCCGCCAGUAUUACUCCUCAUUUCCCGCCAAACCACUAGAAAAUUCUUAAACCAAGAAGAAAUGGUAAACAUGAUGGAAGAAUUAGGGUUUCAAGUGAUCAUUGCCAGCUCAGCAAAAGAAAUGUCAAAUGUUGAGAAAUUUUCUCAUGUGAUAAACUCCUGCAGUGUUAUGGUAGGGGUGCAUGGGGCAGGGCUUGCUAAUGAGAUAUUUUUGCCCGAUGGGGCUGUUAUGGUACAAGUGAGACCUCUAGGGUUUCAAUGGGACGUCGAUUCGUUUUACAGUGAACCGGGUCCGGGUAUGGGUUUGAGGUAUUUGGAGUAUAUGAUGGAACCCGAAGAGAGUUCGUUGGCUGACGUGUACGGUCUGGAUCAUCCGGUGCUUCAAGAUACCGCGUCUGUAGCCGCAAAGGGUGGAUAUGAUGCUGCACGAGAAAUGUACUUAGAUAAACAAGAUUUGAGAAUGAAUUUAACAAGAUUUAGAGAAACACUUGUUCAAGCGUUGAGGUUUGUUGGACGUGAUAUAAAUGUUGCGGACGUUUGAUUAAUUUUAUUUUUUUAGAAAGUUAUUCACUUACAUUUUGUUACAUGCAUGUUGGAAGUGUAAUAAGUUUGGUCAAAAAAAAGUUGAUAGGUUGUAGAGUAUUUAUGAAUAAGAGAUUUUAUAUUCAUCC